UAAAACAUCUACAAUCUCGCACCACAUAUGUUUUCUUCCUUACCUAUAAAUACAUUCCAACUCUCUUCCUCCAAUUUCAUCCCACUUUGUUCUUUCUUUUUCUAGCUAUUAAAUAAAUAAAUAAAUAAAUAAAUAAAUAAAAUAGAAUAAUCACACUGUCAAAGCCCAAUGGAGUUCACAAAGAGAGUGCAUUGGGUUUUGCCAGUUCUGUAUAUAUCUUGCUUAGCUUUUCUUUUCAACACGAAUAACUUCGUCCUCGUCGUAGAUGCUUCCCAUGAUGUUUUCUCGGAAGAUGUGCUGUCUUUGUCUGCCGUUAACGUCAAGAAAGAACACCGAUCUGGAUACCAUUUCCAACCCACCAAACAUUGGAUUAACGAUCCAAAUGGACCAAUGUAUUACAAUGGAGUCUAUCACCUCUUCUAUCAGUACAAUCCCAAAGGUGCUGUUUGGGGCAACAUAGUGUGGGCCCACUCAGUGUCCAAAGACUUGAUCAACUGGAAAAAAGUAGAGCACGCAAUUUUCCCAUCGAAGCCAUUCGACAAAUACGGGUGUUGGUCCGGGUCGGCAACAGUCCUACCCGGAAACAAACCCGUUAUCCUCUACACCGGAAUCGUCGACGACAAAAACACACAAGUCCAAAACUAUGCAGUCCCGGCUAAUCUAUCCGACCCGUAUCUCCGCGAAUGGAUUAAGCCCGAUAACAAUCCCUUGAUCGUCGCGGAUAAAGCCAUCAACGGCACAUAUUUCCGUGACCCGACAACCGCAUGGCUCGGCAAAGACGGCCACUGGAGAAUCUCCAUUGGCGGCAAAAAGAACAACAGAGGAAUUUCGUACUUAUACAAAAGUAGAGAUUUCAUGCAUUGGGUUAAGGCCAAGCACCCACUGCACGCUACUGCAGGAACCGGCAACUGGGAGUGCCCGGAUUUCUUCCCCGUUUCGGCUACUAAUGGAUUGGACACCUCUGUUGUGGGGCCCAAUGUGAAGCACGUGAUGAAGGUGAGUCUUGAUGCCACGAGGUUCGAGUACUACACUUUGGGUUCGUACGACGUUGGAAAAGACAGAUAUAUCCCUGAUCCAGACAUGAUUGAUGGAUGGAAUGGACUGAGGUACGAUUACGGAAACUUCUACGCGUCGAAAUCUUUCUUCGACCCGAGCAAGAACAGAAGGAUUCUUUGGGGUUGGGCUAAUGAAUCUGAUUCUACUGAUAAUGAUAUCAAGAAGGGUUGGGCUGGUGUUCAGCUUAUUCCACGUACAAUUGUUCUUGAUCCGAACGGCAAACAAUUGCUGCAAUGGCCUGUUGAGGAAUUAGAAACCCUAAGAGGGAACAAGGUGGAAUUGAGCAAUAAGAUUCUCAACAAGGGCGAAAAUGUCGAAAUAAAAGGAAUAACAGCUGCACAGGCGGAUGUGGAUGUUACAUUCUCGUUCGAAAGCUUGGAUAAAGCCGAGCCGUUCGAUCCGAGCUGGGAUAGAUACGAUGCACAAAAAAUUUGCAGCCAAAAGGGUUCGACUGUCGAAGGCGGAUUAGGACCGUUUGGACUAUUGACAUUGGCUUCACAGAAUCUUGAGGAAUAUACUCCCGUCUUCUUCAGAGUUUUCAAGGAUCAAGAUAAGCAUCUUGUUCUUAUGUGCUCUGAUGCAUCAAGGUCGAGUAUAAAGGAUGAUAAGACGAAGAUGAAGGAUGGGAAGGAUGCAUACAGACCCUCGUUCGCAGGAUUUGUGAAUGUAGACCUAACCGAGAAGAAGCUUUCUCUCAGGAGUUUGAUUGACAACUCUGUAGUCGAGAGCUUUGGAGCAGGAGGAAAGACUUGCAUUACAUCGAGGGUUUAUCCAGCACUAGCACUAUUCGGAAACGCACACUUGUACGCUUUCAAUAACGGCACCGAGGCUGUCAAAAUCGACAGUUUGAAUGCCUGGACCAUGAACAGGCCCCGGGAAAUGAACCACUGAGAUGCCGAAAGCCAAUGAAGAUCCAUCGCUUUUAAGUUAGAAGAACCCUUGUACAAAUCUGUAAAAAAAAAAUAACAUGUACAUUUUCUUGCAGUUGUUAUUAAUGAAUUCUAAGAUGGUUUUAUCUUUAAGACCAUAUGCA